GCCCGCCCACCGGAACUGACGAACAGGAACCCUCUCUCCUCCCACUGGGGCGGGAAAGGAAGAUGGCGGCGCCCAGGAGCCGGUGAGGAGAGAGGACACGGGGAUUCCGGGAGCGGCCAGUCGCUUGCAUGAUGGCCGCAUCCUCACAUACUCUCUCCUCACGCCUCCUGACAGGCUGCAUAGGAGGCUGUGUCGGGCAUCUGGAGAGAAGAACUGUACAGGAAUCCCCUCGCCAGUUUAUGCGCCUUUUCAGGAGUGUCAAUAAACGGUGGAUUACAUUUCAGCACUUUAACUUCCUCAAGCGCAUGUAUGUCACACAACUGAACAGAAGUCUCAACCAGCAAGUAAAACCAAAGCCAGAGCCCAUGACGUCUUCAUUCCUUGAAAAACCGUCUUCGGGUCAAGCCAAAGCAGAAAUAUACGAGAUGAGAUCUCUAUCAUCGCCCAGCCUGUCUUUGUCCAGAAAGCCAAAUGAAAAGGAAUUGUUGGAACUAGACUCUGCGUCAGUUCUUGAAGGCUCCAUAGAAGUGGGAAAAGAGACAAAAGAUGGAAAACAGUGGAAUGAGAUGAAGCUGCACCUGGAUGAUCUGCCGGGAAUUUUGGCUCGACUAUCCAAAAUCAAACUCACAGCUCUGGUUGUAAGUACCACGUCAGCUGGGUUUGCGUUGGCUCCAGGACCUUUCGACUUGCCCUGCUUCCUGCUCACUUUCGUUGGAACGGGCCUUGCAUCCUGUGCUGCCAAUUCCAUCAAUCAGUUCUUUGAGGUGCCAUUUGAUUCAAACAUGAAUAGGACAAAGAACAGACCUCUCGUUCGUGGACAGAUCAGUCCCUUACUCGCCGUGUCCUUUGCCACAUGCUGUGCUGUUCCAGGAGUUGCCCUGCUGACAUGGGGAGUGAAUCCCCUCACAGGGGCCCUGGGAGCCUUCAACAUUUUCCUGUAUACCUGCUGUUAUACGCCGCUGAAGAGGAUCAGCAUUGCCAAUACAUGGGUCGGAGCAGUGGUCGGAGCCAUCCCUCCUGUUAUGGGCUGGACAGCAGCUACUGGAAGCCUUGAUGCUGGCGCAUUUCUGUUGGGAGGAAUCCUCUACUCUUGGCAGUUCCCUCACUUCAACGCCCUGAGCUGGGGCCUCCGGGAAGACUACUCCCGGGGAGGCUACUGCAUGAUGUCGGUCACACACCCGGCCCUGUGCAGGCGGGUCGCCCUGCGCCACUGCCUGGCCCUGAUCGGACUCUCCACAGCGGCCCCUGUCCUGGACGUCACCACAUGGACCUUUCCCCUCAUCUCGCUCCCCAUCAACCUGUAUAUCUCCUACCUCGGCUUCCGGUUCUACACGGAGGCGGACCGAAAGAGCUCCCGGAAACUCUUCUUCUGCAGCCUCUGGCACCUGCCUUUGCUCCUGCUUCUCAUGCUCACCUGUAAGCAGCCACAGGACAGGAAAAGCGACCGGGGGGAGCCUCGGGGCUGA